GAAUGCAUUUUGUCAUAAUCUAUUUCAUCCUAUCAUCUUUUUAUCAAUACAAACAAUUGAAAUUUGAGUGUUCAAAAAGGGAAAGCGCGUGAAAGUCACGUGAUGAAAAAGGCCGUGAGGUAAGCUGGUGUGAAACUGAGGAUGAAGAUUGAGUGGCAGUUAUUUGCAUCGUUGCUAUUACCAGCUUAAUUCACUUCACCCAAAAAAUGGUUGCUGUGUUUUCCGUCGCAACGGCAUUGCCGAAAUUCAAGGUGGUAGCUGAAGCUGAAGUUGACGCAUUCCCUUCCUUCCUUCCAAAAGACGUCAACAGAAUCAAAGAUCCGUUCGCUCGAACCCUCGCUACGCGGAUUCAAAGACUUCCGGUAUCGGUAAAGUUCUCUGAAAAUCCCAUCAUGAGUAGUUGUGUGAAGCCAUUGAUUCAGAAUAAGGCAAAUCCAGUUGUUCUUUUACACGGUUUCGACAGCUCAUGCUUAGAAUGGAGAUACACAUAUCCAUUGCUUGAGGAAGCUGGUCUUGAGACAUGGGCCAUUGACAUUCUCGGUUGGGGUUUCUCUGAUCUAGAGGAACUUCCUUCAUGCAAUGUGGUAUCAAAGCGUGAACACUUUUAUCAGUUUUGGAAGUCCUACAUUAAGAAGGCGAUGAUAUUGGUUGGUCCAAGCCUUGGUUCUGCGGUUGCCAUUGACUUUGCAAUCAAUCAUCCAGAAGCUGUAGAAAAGCUUGUUUUGAUUGAUGCUAGUGUAUAUGCAGAAGGGACCGGAAAUCUAGCAACCUUGCCUCAAAUGGUAGCCUAUGCCGGGGUAUACUUGUUAAAGAGCAUCCCGUUACGCUUAUACGCAAACUAUUUGUCCUUCACUAACAUAUCUUUCAGCACCGCCGUCGAUUGGACUAAUGUGGGCCGUUUGCAUUGUUUAUUGCCUUGGUGGGAGGAUGCCGCGGUUGAUUUUAUGACUAGUGGUGGCUACAAUGUUGCUUCCCAGAUAAAAAUGGUAAAGCAGAAAACACUCAUAAUUUGGGGGGAGAACGACCGCAUUAUCAGCAAUAAACUUGCAGUGCAACUGCAUUGUGAAUUACCCGAUGCUAUCAUACGCCAAAUACCCGAUUGUGGUCACCUUCCUCAUGUUGAAAGACCCGAUUCUGUUGCGAAACUCAUAGCGGAGUUUGUUCAGACGAGUACCAAGGCAGUAAACCAAUGUGCUCCAUCAUUAUGAAGGUUCAGACCUUUUGCCAUUCUAUAUCUACUAGAGAAAGGACAGAACUUUUGGCCUUUUACCCAAAAUAGGAUCCAUUAAUGGAGCUUUGAAUGGUUAUCAAUUUAGUGGGUGGGACUGAUGGUCCCUAGUGGAAUCAAUGAAUUAUAUAGUACAACUUUUUAAAAAAGAUUACAAUUCAUAUAUUUCAUUUUUUUUUUAAAUUGUAAAACAAUUUACAUGAUAUUUUAUAUGUUCAUAUAUUUGAAUAGACAUUCCCAAGCUUAUUUUUAA